CAACUCACCAUCAGACCAAUACCCCCUGUAAAAGGAUGGCUGUGAGUCUCUUAUGGAUGGGGUUGGCCCUGCUUGGAGUGCUGCAGAGCCAGGCCCAGCCUGAGCCCAAGAUCCCUGCCCCAGACCUGUCCAGAGUCCCUCUGCAGGAUAACUUCCAACUAGACCGGUUUCAAGGGAAAUGGUUUGUCGUUGGCGUGGCAGGGAAUGCCUUCACAAGGGAAGACCAGGGACAAUUUAAGAUGUAUUCCACAGCCUUUGACUUACAGAAAGACGAUACCUACAGGGUCACCUUCAAAGUACUCAGGGAUGAUGAAUGUGAAAGAUUUGUGAGAACUUAUGUUCAGAAGGGUCAACGGGGCCAUUUCGCCUUGGGCAACCUCAAAAGUUAUGGUCUGCAGGAUUAUAUUAUCAGAGUGGUAAGAACCAAUUAUAACGAGUACGCCAUCAUGUACUUUAAGAAGACUUUGAAUAACGUUGACUACUUCAAGAUCGUUCUGUAUGGGAGAAGAGAUGAUCUGAGACCUGAACUGAAGAAAGACUUCACUAACUUUGUCAAGACAUUGCGACUCACUGAUGAAAACAUCGUCUUCCCAGUAAAAAUCAAUACUUGCAUUUAUGAUGCCUGAGUAUGGUGUUCAAGUCCUCAAAAGGCCUCACUUUGCCAGUCUUGUUUCCUGGGUCUUCUACUAUUUUACUCAUCUCUUGACAACCAACUGGAGACACCUGAUCAGCGCUACCGACUCUCUUUAUAAGCACAAUCCCCUUUCCCUCUUCUUGUAGCCUCUGCCUGACUCCACAACAUGGGACUCCUCUCACCUGUUCCCCCUUUCAACUGAUAGCAAUGGAAGAAUAAAAAAGUGUAUCAAGGA